GGCAGUCUUCGAGCUGGGUUGUCAGCUUUGCUGAUGGGCUGUGCUUCAGCGGUAUAGCUCCAUGAAUAACUUAAACGACCCCCCAAAUUGGAACAUCCGGCCCGAUUUCAGAGCUGAUGGUGGUGAUGGAAGCAAGUGGAAUUAUGCCCUGUUGGUGCCAAUGCUGGGAUUGGCAGCAUUUCGUUGGAUUUGGUCUAGAGAAUCACAGAAGGAAAUAGAAAAAGCAAGAGAAGCAUGUCAUGAGAGAACAACUGCUUUCCAACGGGAUCUUGAAGCUAAAUACCAUGCUGUGAUAUCAGAACAUCGGCGUGCAGUUGCUCAGCUGUCUUUGGAACUGGAAAAGGAGCAAAACAGAACAACUAGUUUUCGAGAAGCUCUUAUUUCUCAGGGGCGUAAGUUGGCAGAAGAAAGGAAGCUUCUUGACCAGGAACGAGCUCAGAUAAUGCAAGAAAAAAGCCAGUUGCGCUCUCUGAGAAGUGUCUAUCUGAGCUGCCUGGAAGGAGAGGAUGACUGGCAGAGGAGAGCCCAGCUUGUGCUGAAGGAGGUGGGAGAAGCUCUAGUAGAACGCCAAAAUAUCUACUGCAGCCUGAUCCUUCCUCGUAGUACAAGGCUAGAGCUGGAGAAGAACUUACUGGUGCGCUCAUCUGUUGAUCCUGUGGCUGCUGACCUAGAGAUGGCAUCUGGCUUAUCUGACAUAUUUAAGCAUGAUAAGCAUUGUGGAGAUGUCUGGAACACCAACAAACGUAAAAAUGGGAAGCUCAUGUGGAUGUAUCUUAAAUAUUGGGAACUACUUGUUGAACUUAAAAAGUUUAAGAAAGUAGAGAAAGUCAUACUAGAAAAAUAAGAAUGAAAUGAAACUUAAGGCCAGAUGGGGCCAUUCAUUCACCAUGGCAGUCUGCAUUCUGGGCUCUCUGAUAUUUAACUCUGUUCCUUUGCUCCCAGAUGUGACUUGGUACAGCUACCCUCUGUGAGAAGGCAAGUCUUUCCACUCUUUGAACAGUGCCGUAGGAACUUAGCAGAUCAGUUUUUUCCUAUGAUGCUCUGCAGAUAUUAGAAAUUCAAUUUUUCUGAGACAUUUUUGAGCUGCUAAUAUUAAGCGGAACAAGUACAACCAUACAUUUUAGUUCUAAGGUAAAGAAAAAAUUUAAAGCUCAAAUAAUUUUUGGUUUUUUGAGACAGGGCGUCUCUGUGGCUUUGGAGCCUGUCCCGGAACUAGCUCGUAUAGACCAGGCUGGUCUCCAACUCACAGAGAUCUGCCUGCCUCUGCCUCCCAAGUGCUGGGACUAAAGGCAUGGGCCACCACCGCCUGGCUCAAAUAUAAUAUACUCUACGAAAUGUUCUGUUAGUUUUUACCUCUCCAAUUACUAUUCUCCCUUCCCCGAUUCCAUCUAAAAGUUAAAUUACCAAGAUUUAUCUUGUUUGGAACAUUUUCUUCACAAAGAAAAACAAAAAAAAAGCCACCAAGUGUUUCUUUUGCUCAGCUGGUGCCCCAGUAAAUGCUUAGACAGUAAGCAUGUUUAUUAGCAAUGACAUGCAGUCAAUAAUACUUGUCAUUUAAAAUGAA